ACCGUUUUAUUUCGAAAGUACGGGCGGAUGGUUCGUGUUGAGGUGAGGUCGCCGGUGAGCGACCAGGUCUGACGGUGUGGGAUCUUAAACGUUCCGCUAGUCUGCGAGCUCAGACGGCCUGCGAGGUUCCUAGUAUUCAGUUCGGAUCUGCUUGGAUUGCCAGUUGUUGGAGGACUGUGAACCGGAUCAGCAGCAUGUUGCAGCUCGCGGUUCUGUUCGCCCUACAGGUGUUUAGCUAUGCUCAGGACUCUUUGGAUGGGCCCACGAACCACCUCAGUCUCCCUGAGCUCAAUGACGUCUGCACUGAGGGCAGCUGUUACCCUGCAACAGGAGAUCUUCUAAUUGGCCGUGCCCAUCAGCUGUCAUCCACCUCCACCUGUGGUCAGAAAUGGCCAGAACCCUUCUGCAUAGUCAGUCACCUGCAGGAGGAGAAGAAAUGUUUUGUGUGUGACUCUGUGGCUCCAUACAACGAACUGGCCAAUCAGACGAGCAGCCAUCGUAUUGAAAACGUGGUCACCACCUUCGCUCCUAAUAGACUAAAGACAUGGUGGCAGUCUGAAAAUGGUCUGGAGAAUGUCACUGUUGAGCUCAACCUGGAGGCUGAGUUCCACUUCACACAUCUCAUAAUGACCUUUAAGACUUUUCGUCCUGCUGCCAUGGUGAUCGAGCGAUCGGCUGACUUUGGGAAAACAUGGCAGGUUUAUCGGUACUUUGCGUACGACUGCGAAACGUCUUUUCCCCUUGUCUCUCAGGGUCCAAUGCAGAAGGUUGAUGAUGUUAUUUGUGACUCGCGUUACUCCGACAUCGAGCCGUCCACAGAGGGAGAGGUGAUUUUCAGAGUUCUGGAUCCAGCGUUCAGGAUUGAAGACCCUUACAGCCCCAGAAUUCAAAAUUUGCUGAAGAUCACCAACCUGCGGAUUAAGUUCACUAAACUGCAUACACUUGGUGACAACCUUCUUGACUCUCGUGUCGAGAUCAAAGAGAAGUACUACUAUUCCAUCUAUGACAUGGUGGUCCGUGGAAACUGCUUCUGCUAUGGACAUGCCUCAGAGUGUGCCCCUGUCCAGGGAACUGGCCAGACCAUGGAGGGCAUGGUCCAUGGUCAUUGCAUGUGUAACCAUAACACCAAGGGUCUGAACUGUGAGCAGUGUCAGGAUUUCCACCAUGACCUUCCUUGGAGACCUGCUGAAGGACGAAACACCAAUGCCUGCAAGAAGUGUAACUGUAACCAUCACUCGGACUCGUGUCACUUUGACAUGGCCUUGUUUGUGGCCUCCGGAAAUGUCAGUGGAGGAGUUUGUGAGAGCUGCCUACACAACACUGGCGGAAACAACUGUGAGCAGUGUAAACCAUUUUUUUAUCAGCAUCCAGAGAAAGACAUCAGGGACCCCAACAUCUGCCAACCCUGUAACUGUGAUCCACUGGGUUCCCUGAAUGGAGGAAUCUGUGAUGGGACAACCAACAUCCAACUCGGUCUAAUUGCUGGACAGUGUCGCUGCAAAAUCAAUGUAGAGGGGGAACGCUGUGAGCGCUGCAAGCCAGCACAUUAUGGACUAAGUGAUGAGCCGGAAGGAUGCAAAGCAUGUAGCUGCAGCCCCGUUGGUACCCUUCCUGGAGGAAAUCCCUGUGACAGUGAAACAGGAAGUUGCUUUUGUAAACGUUUGGCGACAGGUCGAGACUGUGACCAGUGCAUGCCUGAACACUGGGGGCUCAGUAACGACAUGGAUGGCUGUCGGCCCUGUGAUUGUGACCACGGAGGCGCCAUCCACAACCGAUGUGAUCAGCUGAGUGGUCAGUGUGUCUGCAGAGAUCACAUGUUUGGUCGUCGUUGUGACCAGGUCGAAUCUGGUUUCUACUUCAUUGCUCUGGAUCACUACACGUAUGAGGCAGAAGAUGCUAAGUUUGGACCAGGAGUGACAGUAGUCCCACGUCCCCACCCUCAAGACCGUACUCCCACCUGGACUGGUAUUGGCCUGGUCAAUGUGCCAGAGGGGGCCUUCCUGGAGUUCUCUGUGGAUAAUCUCCCUUAUUCUAUGGAGUAUGAUAUCCUCAUCCGCUAUGAGCCUCAGCUCCCUGACCAAUGGGAGGAGGUUCUGAUGACUGUGAUGAGAUCUGGACCAAUCAGAGCAGACAGCCGUUGUGUUAACACGGUACCUGACGAUGACAACCAAAUGAUUUCACUUCACCCAGGCUCAAGGUAUGUGGUACUUCCCAGGCCAGUUUGUUUUGAAUUGGGUCUGAACUACACCGUGCGGUUGAGUCUGCCUCUGUACUCAGCCCUCAGUGAUGUCCAAUCUCCAUACACGCUGAUUGACUCGAUUGUCUUAAUGCCUCACUGUAAGAACCUGGAGAUCUUUACAGCCUCAGAAGGAGGAGACUCCAGCAGGAACAGCGGCUGGGAAGCGUUUCUGCGUUAUCGUUGUCUGGAGAGCAGCCAGAGUGUUGUCAAGACACCAGUGACUGACAUUUGCAGGAACUUCAUCUUCAGCAUCUCUGCCAUGUUGCAUCAGGGGGCUAAAGAAUGCCAGUGUGAUCCUCAGGGCUCGCUCAGCACAGUUUGUGACCCCAGUGGUGGUCAGUGUCAGUGUCGCCCCAAUGUGGUUGGCAGAAAUUGUGACAGAUGUGCUCCUGGUACGUUUCAAUUUGGACCCACAGGCUGCAAAGCAUGUGACUGCGACCUUCAGGGUUCCAACAACCCAUUCUGUGAUCAGCUGAGUGGCCACUGUGUCUGUGUGUCUGGAGCAUUUGGCCGUCAAUGUGAACAAUGUUUGCCGGGCCACUGGGGCUUCCCCACCUGUCGACCCUGUUCCUGCAAUGGACAUGCAGAAGAGUGUGACCCCCACAGCGGACGCUGCAUUGCCUGCAGAGACCACAGCACAGGACAUUCCUGUGAGAGGUGUUUGGAGGGAUAUUAUGGUGACCCAGUCCUGGGGUCAGGCGAUCACUGUCGACCGUGCAGGUGUCCUGAUGGUCCUGGUAGUCUGCGGCAGUUUGCAGCAAGUUGUUACAAUGACGCCUCUCACCAGGUCACGUGUGUCUGCAAGACAGGAUACAAAGGAGCUCGCUGUGACGAGUGCUCAUCUGGUUACUAUGGAAGCCCCAGGGAGGCUGGGGGGCAGUGCCAACCGUGUCAGUGCAACAACAACAUUGAUGUGCUGGACCCAGAGUCUUGUGAUGCUCGAUCAGGCGAGUGCCUGCGCUGCCUGUACCACAGCGAGGGCCUUACCUGCCAGAACUGCAAGCUGGGUUACUACGGCAAUGCUCUGCUCCAGGACUGCAAGAAAUGUGUGUGCAACCCUCUGGGCAGUGAGUCGUCCACCUGUCCAACAUCUGGAGACUGUCACUGUAAUCGCACCAAUGGCCAGUGUCGCUGCCUCCCCAACGUGAUUGGUCAACACUGCGACCACUGUGCACCUGACACCUGGAACAUGGCGAGUGGUCACGGCUGUCAGACCUGUGACUGCAAUCCUCAGCACUCCAUUGGGACAUCCUGCAGUGAGAUUAGUGGGCAGUGCUCCUGUAAGCCUGGCUUUGGAGGAAGAACAUGCAGUGAGUGUAGAGCGAUGUUUUGGGGAGACCCUGAGAUUCAGUGCCAUGCGUGUGACUGCGACCCUCGUGGCAUUGUUCAGCUGCAGUGUAAUAAAGUCAGCGGUCACUGUGUGUGUGUGGACGGCGUGUCAGGACCACGCUGCAACAUCUGCACCCGUGGAUUCUCUGGAAAGUUCCCAGACUGCCACCACUGUCACCAGUGCUUUGCUGAGUGGGAUGAUGUCAUUGGUCAGCUGACCAACCGAACACACCGCCUUGUCAACAAGGUCAGUGCCAUCAAAGCCGAUGGAGUCAGUGGACCGUACAGGAAAACCAUUGACAGCAUGGAGAGAAGCAUUGCAGACAUCCAGGUCCUUUUGAGCCAGAAUCCAGCUUCACAACCACUGACAGAGGUCCAGCACCUGCUCCAUCAGGCCAGUGACUUGAUGGGAGGCAUAACCCACAUGUUGAACCUCACAGAACAGACUCUUGUCCAGGUAGAAGACCAGGACUCUGCUGCAGAGAGAAAACUGGAUUCUGUCAUGUCAGACUCUCAGAAACUUGAGCAGACGGUUCGGGACCUGCUUGAUCAGGUCGAGUUCAUAAAGAACUCUGACAUCAGAGGGGCUACGGACAGUGUGACAAAGUACUACCUACAGUCUCAGGCAGCAGAAGCCCGCGCUAACGCCUCCACAAUGGAUGCAAACGGGGAAGUUGAAAGCUCAGCUGCUCUACGGCAACUAAUAGAAAACCAACUGAACCAUAGCAGUGAAGCGUUCCUGAGCAGACACAGUGACCAUGCUCAGAGACUGGAUGACCUGGCAGCAGAGCUGCACAGUUUGGAUCUAUCACAGAUAAGCCAUAAGAUCUGUGGCAGUCCAUCUGCUGGUCAGGACUCAUGCUCAUCCUCUUCUUGUGGAGGCCUGGGCUGUUUAGGCCCUGACAGUCAGACCAGGUGUGGAGGUGAAGGAUGUUAUGGUGCAGUGACAAUGGCUAACAGCAUGUGGAUUAAAGCUGGACAGUCAGAAAUGAAAAUCAUUAGCGCCACAAAGGAAGUGGAUAAGCUUUCUAAGAUGGUCUCUGAAGCUAAGCUGAAAGCAGAUGUGGCAAAGCUCAGUGCUCAGAAUGUUAUGAUGAAGACCAAUAGAACAAAAGAAAAAGUGGAUCAAAGCAACAAGGACCUGAGGGGACUCAUCAGACACAUCAGAGACUUCCUCACACAGGAUGCAGCAGACCUGGACAGUAUUGAGCUAGUUGCAAAUGAGGUUCUGGGCAUGCAGAUGCCAACUACACCAGCUCAGCUGCAGAACCUGACUGCUGAGAUUCGUAAGAAGGUUGGAGAACUGGGACAUGUGGACACCAUCUUGCAGCAUAGUGGUAAUGACAUCCAAACAGCUGAGAAUCUGCUGGACCAGGCACGUCGAGCCAGUGACGAAGCAACUAAUAUAAAGGAUUCAGCAGAGAAAGUCAAGCGAGCUCUGGAGGAAGCUCGCCGAGCCCACUCUUCAGCCAGCAGUGCCAUUCAACAGGCUACAGCUGACACCCAAAACACCAACAGGCUGCUGUCCUCUGUGGAGUCAGAGACUGCAGAUGUAGAGGUGAAGCUGCACAGUGCCACACAAAGGUUCCACAGGCUGGAACAGGAGGUCACAUUGCUUAGAGACAAAGCUAUGAAUGUCAGUGACAGCAGUGAGUGGACCAAUCAGGAGGCAGAGAGCAUAAGGAAGAUGAAUGAUGAGGUGGAACGUGAACUAGACCUGCAGUUAGGGCCCAAGUACUCCACUGCGGAGCAACUGAUUGGUCACAAAGCUGCAGGUGUGGCCGAUGCUAAGAAGAGAGCAGAGUCCCUCCAGCACGAAGCAAAAGAGCUGCUUCUGCAGGCCAGUUAUAAGUUGCAGCUGCUUAAAGAUCUGGAGAAGUCAUAUGAAGACAAUCAGCGGACUUUGGAGAUGAAGGCUGAGCAGUUGGUGGAACUGGAGGCUUCUGUAAAAGAGCUGCUGCAGCAGAUCAGCCAGAAGGUGACAGUGUAUAGCACCUGUCUGUUCUAGGGUCAAAGGUCACAAUCAACAGAGUAAAGGGCAAAAUGUGCAUUUCAUUCGAAAUGAUGAGACAAAGUAAAAAUAAAAUCCAUCGCUUUGUAAAAACCUUUUUUCUCUCAAUAAAAUUUGUUUUAAACGCAUGAAAUGUUUAGGUGUUUUUAUUUAUUUUUUGUCCCUUCGUCUAAUUUAUAUUUUGUAACAAGAAAAAGCAUACAGAUGCAGUGGUUCAUUUUUACAGAUUCCAGAUGAAUUACAUGCGCUGACCCUCCUCAUAACUGCUGGCCAACAGCCCCCCUUCUUGUGCUGUCUGCAAUUGGUGUUAAACAUGCACAUUUUUUUCUACAAAAGACACAAAAGGUGGAGCUUUGAUCACAAAACUGACCUGUAUAGUCAGGGUCAAGUAUUAAGUAUAGAAAUUCAAUAAAAUUUAUUUAUAUAGCGCCAAAACACAACAAAGGCACUUUACAAAGUAAGGUUUAAGACCUUACACAACUAAACCCAAGAGAUCCCACAUACAGCAAGCCUAUAAUUUGACAGCAACAGUGAAGAGGAAAAAGUCUCUCUCUAACGAGGAAGAAACCUCCAGCAGAACCAGGCUGGAUGUGGGUGGCCAUCUGCCUUGACCAGUUGGGGUGACGGGGAUAGAGAGAGAAAGGGUUGGAAAAGAAAAGAUCCCGACAUCCUGGAUCUAAUGCACUCUCCAUCCAGGCGGGUACCGGGAGGCCCACAUCCACCAGCUACAUCCCCUGCAUAUUUGUAAAAAAUAGAAAUAGCCUACAUUGAGUUAAUAAACAUGUAUAACUAUAUACACAGGGUUAGGAGUAUUGAAAUAGACACAGAUGACUCUCCCCGCUUUCGUCCGUGGACUAGGCAGUUUGGUGUGGAGAGCCAGCGGCAAUGCACGGGCCGACGCAUGUCACUCAUGUUCCCUGAUACUUGAGUCACUUUGCAAGAGUAAUAGAGGUACAUAUGGAAAGGCACAGAUAAGAAUUAAAUGUACACAUGAUCUUAGAUGUUUCAGACUAGUUCCUGUAUUGGUUGAGUUUAGAAAGAGCUAUGGGUUGGGUUGUAAUGGUGACUAGGUUUGGUCAACUCUUUAGGUGAGAUUAUGAACUGAGGUUGUUGGGGUAGGAGAGAGACCAGGUCGGAGUUGGUUCUGGAGUUGGCUCUCUAGGUUUGGUUAGCUUAAAGGUUUAGGCAAAUAGACACCAUGGUUAG